AUGGGUAUCGAGCAGGAGGAGAAGAAGCAUUAUUCUCUCGGGCGUAAGAUCGAGAUCGAAUCACAAGUCCAUCCAUCCUCUCUGGAUGCUUACCCGAGUCGAGAUGAGAUGGGUAUGAAACAUCUCUUCGUUUGUUUUCUUGCUGUGGCUGGUUUGUGGGAGGUGGGCGUGAAAAGACAAGUUGAGGAGAAGUUAAACAAGACCAACCUUCUUGUUAUUCCAACGAAAGGACGCCACGGACGGCCAUCUUAA